CGGGCCUCAGUACAGUGAGUGUAGGUAGGUAUGCAACUGAUAAGUGAUUAGGUAUCUUUAUUUAGCUGUAGAAUUGGGUACUAAUGUUAUAGAUACCUACCUAGGUAAGCGUUCCAAUAAAAGUUCCAGUUUUCAGUAGCCGAAAGUGAGUGUGCUUGAGCCAUGUCGUCGGUUGCGAAAUCCUUCGAGGCGAACGGUGUGGUUCCUGAUGUCAUCCCGAGGGCGCCACAGGCUUCAGUCACGGUGAAAUUUAAUAACGGCGCGGAAGUCAAUAAUGGAAACGUGCUUACGCCAACUCAAGUGAAGGAUGCCCCAAGAGUUAGUUGGCUAGCAGACCCCAACACCUUUUACACAUUGGUGAUGACUGACCCGGAUGCGCCAUCCCGCAAGGAGCCAACCUUCCGAGAAUCCCACCACUGGCUGGUCUGUAACAUCCUCGGGAACGAAGUAGAGGUGGGCGACACGCUCUCCGCCUACAUCGGCUCCGGCCCGCCGCCCGGCACCGGCCUGCACCGCUACGUGUACCUGGUCUACAAGCAGCCCGGGAAGAUUGACUUCGACGAGCCACGCCUCCCCAACAACUCUGCCGAAAAACGCGGAGGGUUCUCCAUUGCAAAGUUCGCCAAGAAGUACAACCUGGGCGACCCCAUCGCCGGGAACUUCUACCAGGCUGAGUACGAUGACUACGUGCCCAUCCUAUACAAGCAGGUUGGGAUGUAAAUAUAUUCAGGCAAAAAAUUGCGUUGUGUUGCUGCGUUGCAGCGUGUACAAAUCAAUAAACAAACAC